UUGCUACCAUGUCAACCAACAACUAAUGGCAGAAAAGUGAAACGAAGUAGGUGCCAUUCAUUUGAGUGUUUAGUACAUGUAAAGAGCCAUCAUGGCGGCCACUCUGCCGCCCAUCAACAAGUCACCAAGCAUGAGUAGACAAGGAUACACAGUGCCGGCUCCCAAGGGGCCACCCAGUGGGAAGUUGAAACCACUACGAAAAAUUGGAAAAACUGAUAGGGAAAUUUUAUUCAAACAAGAAGUUCUGCGACAACAACAACCCGAUUUAUCAAAGAAACAAACAGCAAGCUACAGAAACACAUAUAAACAUAACUUAUGUCUGGAUAUGUUACAAGAUGGAUAUCACAAGUCUUUUAGUGAACUUUUUGCACUUAUCAAACAACAAGAAGAGGAAAGACUUGCACAGGGAGAAGAAUCUUUAAUGUGGACACAAACAAUGUUAAAAGACAGACAUCAAGAACUAGACAUGCUUAAAUUUCACCUGACAAAAGCAGAGGAAGCACUCAGAAAAGGUGAUUUCUCAGAGGUGUAUCACAACAGAUAUGAGCUUGCUCGCUAUUUUCAGUCCACGGGAGAUAAAUGGUUAUCAGAUCACUUCUUUAACACGUGUCUAGAAACUAGCAGUAACAUUGAAGGGGACGGAGGAAAGCUUAGAGCUCAAGGCUACUACAAUGUGGGCGCUGCACUGGAAGACAAUGGUAUGUGAAAUGCUAUGAACUGA